AUGGCCAAGUUACAGAAGACGCUGAAGCAACGACAACGUCAUGCCGUCCGAAACAGUGCCAACGUCACCAAACUUACUCCGGCCGAGAUUCGAUCGCUUAACCAUAGUGCCCUCGCCUCGAAGACGGGUAGUCAAUCCAGUUCGAAAUCGACUUCAACUCAAUCCCGAUCAAGACGUUCAACCAAUGCAACUCCUCCCGCAUCCCCUGAUGAGCUUCCACCCUAUAUAGCACAGACACACAGAAACUCUAUCUCCAAAAACAACAGCGUCAACAUCCCAACCCCUCCACUUACGCCUAAUACUCAUCGAAGAUCGUCCCAAUCUAGCACCCAUGGCCAUCAUUAUGGCCAUCAUGUGGUCCAGAGCCACGCCAACGGUAUUAUCCAUGCUCCUCGACCCCGGGGAUCUGCGCAAGCUGCCUUCAUGUCGGCGAAUGGCUUGUCUUCUCGCCCAUCAAGCUCUGGGUCUUCCUCAUACCGUGGACUUCCCACCUACCGAGGGCCAGAAGUUACACGAACAGGAUCCUUGACCAUGCUACAGCACCCUUCUCAGAAGAUUGUCUCCAAUCCGCUGUCUUACUUUUCAAGACCGAGACAGAGCCAGGUCAGCACGUCGCCAGAGCGGGGGAGACAUGAAUCACCAGAAGUCAGCAUUUAUCGCGCUCAAAGUUUGCGGAAUUUACGCACCAACUCUGUACCGAACGUCAGCGCUCCAUCAUCAAGGCCGGUAAGUCCGCCGAGAGUGACUGACUCACCCGUCUCGAUGAUUGUGGAUUGCACCGAGAAGUUCCCAGUUUUAGACCCAGCAGAUGAUCUACACAAUCAGCCCAAGGUUCAAAGUGAUGAAGAAGUCGCUCUGAACGAACAGAAGCUGGAGAAUGUCGAUACUCGGCCCAAACAGGCAACAGACUCGUCCAUCGAAAAGGGAAAUCAAACUGGCCAGCCGGAAUCGCCCAAGAAGGAAAAAGAAAAGCAGAAGAGGUUCACGAUCCAUGCUGCUCUCUUUGGUGGAGAUAAGGGCAACCAUGAAGGUGCGGAAAAUGGGGGCAAACUCAAGAAGAUGAGAAGACGGACUCUAUCCCUCGGCAAGAACAACGACGCAGAAAAAUCUGAAAACAAGACUGCGAUCUCGGUUGAGGCAGUUGACGAAGUAAAAGUGGAUGGCGCGACGAUUGAGAACGAUAAUUUUUCGACACAUCCGGCGAUUCGCCCAAUUUCUGUAAUUAUCCCGAGCGAAUUCAAAGGGAAAGAAAAGGAAAUCAUCUCUGCUCCAGUCUAUGCUCGAUGCGCCUGCUGUGGGAAAAUGAAACGGCCCCCGGGAUAUGCAAGCGGACUGAGUCCCGUGCUGGAAAACGAGAACCUAAGAACAAACUUCAGCUUUGAGAUUGAACGAACAUCUGGGUCAUCCGAGAGGCGGAGUUCUGAUGCGAGCCGACAUAAGUUUACGCCCAUUAUCCCAAUGGAGGUGGGUGAGAACGAAACGCGUCAGGCGACAAUUGAACCGUAUACGGGUCCUUUAAAGGUUGCCGCCGAGAGUGAGCAGAUGCCACACAUGGAUAUGAAUAUUGCUUCCUCGAGUCCGGUCAAGCAGCCCAUCGGACAGCUGAGUUCGAGUCCACGGAGGAUGAAGAGACAUUCUACUCCAUCUCAAUUUGUUAGGUUUGCAAGUUUGCAUGGGCGACGAAAUGUGGGUUCAACCGUGAUAGCCGAAGAAAAUGAGGGUGAAGCGGAAAGAGAAGCGGAAAGAGAAGCGGACGAGAGUCAACCUCUCAUCAGCGAGCCAGCGGACCCCGAGACAACUGGUGUUCACAAUCAAAUUGUCGAUGACGCUGCCGUUGCAGCCGAGGAUAUAAUUGCGAACAGCCAACCUGUGAUUGAGCUGAUAUCAUCAGCAGACCGGGCCUUCGUUGAACCAGUACCCGUGAUGGCGACCCAUGAUUCCCAACCUAUGACCAGCGAGAUUACAGAAAGUAUUCCCCUGACACACCCGAGCAUAGAAGCAGGUGCAGACAUGUUCCCCACGCCUGUUGCCACCUCAGUUCAGCCUCCAGCUUCGGCUCAGGCUCAAAUCGUGACAGAAGAUAAGGUGGAAGACAAUUCCGCUGCCACACCUUUUGCAGAAAUACCUACGUCCACCACCACUACGUCCCCAGCCAUUGGAAAAUCUGGAUCAGAAAAAUUCGAAUCAGAAUUCUCAGCCUCAUUCUUCGAUACACCUGAUUUAUCUCUUACUUCAAAAUUCGAUCCUGAUGCGAAGCAAGCCAACGGUGACAAGGAGUUAGAGAAGGCAAAGGACAAACCAACAGGAAAGAGGAAGUCGACAGCGACCGACUGGGUGGCCGAGGUUAUGACUGUGAAUGCUUAG